AUGAAGUCCCACGCACUUCUCGCACUGGUCUUGUGCGUCUUUGCAGCUGUCGCCGCUGCCUGGAGCAAAGAGGACCACGAAAUCUUCCGCCUCCGCGACGAGGUUGCCGCAGCCGACGGGGCCAAUGUCACCUUCUACAACCUCCUUGGCGUGAAGCCCGGCGCGUCGCAAGACGAAUUGACCAAAGCCUACCGCAAGAAGUCUCGGGAGCUUCACCCAGACAAGGCGCGCCAGGCUUUCGUUGCCAACUAUGCCAAAACCCACAACAAGAAGGGAAAGACGCCAGGUGUCAAAGUCAGCAAGGGGCCGUCCAAGAAGGAGAUCGAUGCGCACUUGAAAAAGGUCACCGCUGGCUACCAGCGACUCUCCGUCGUUGCGAACAUCCUUAAGGGCCCCGAACGCGAGCGCUACGACCACUUCCUGAGGAAUGGAUUCCCCGCAUGGAAGGGCACCGGCUACUACUAUGAACGCUUCCGUCCUGGACUCGGCGCCGUCUUGUUUGGCCUCCUGGUUGUCAUGGGUGGAGGCAUGCACUACUUUGCACUGCUCGUGGGCUGGAGACGACGAAGGGAAUUUGUAGAGAGGUACAUCCGACAUGCUCGCAAGACCGCUUGGGGCGAUGAGACCGCUAUUCAGGGUAUCCCAGGCGUUGACGAGGCCGCCGCACCUGUGAACUCCCAACAGUGGGAAAACGAUUCCCCAGAGGGAGAGGAUACCCCAGACGAGCAGGUUCCCAGGAACCGCCGCGAGAAGCGCGCCAUGGACAAGGAGAACCGCAAGGGAAAGAAGGUGCAGGCUGCUAGGAAGGCUCGAGUUAGUGGCAUCAGCACGCCUGUUGAUGCUGAAAUCAUCUCUGGACCCCAGGGAGCCAAGAAGCGCAUCGUGGCAGAAAACGGCAAGGUCCUGAUUGUCGAUUCCGUUGGCAAUGUCUUCUUGGAAGAGGAGACCGAAGACGGCAUGAAAGGAGAGUUCCUGCUCGACCCCGAUGAGGAACACAAGCCCACCAUCUUCGACACGCUCCUGUUCAAACUCCCUAAAUUCGCCUACAACCAGUCUGUUGGUCGCGUCCUGGGCAAGAAGGAGCUCCUCGACGAGCCCCUCCUGGAAACCUCUGAUCUCCCCGAAGACGAAGCUGCUAUCCAGUCUGCCACCGCAUCCAACCUCAACGGCGAGGCACGGAAGCGAAAGGCCAGAGCUAGGAACAUCAGGUGA